AUGGUAACAGGCGCAGUGUUUCUAGACCUGCGAAAAGCUUUCGACACUGUCGACCACACGAUUCUUGUUCGUAAACUCAAAAAUGUAGGUGUGUCUGGUAAGAGUCUGGCAUGGUUCAAUUCCUAUCUCGGUGGCCGGAGUCAACAAACGAUGUGUGGUGAUGCGACAUCGUCUGCUGCAAAUAUCACCUUGGGAGUACCACAGGGAAGUAUUCUAGGACCGCUGUUGUUCCUGGUGUACUUAAAUGGAGUUCAGUCUGUCCUAAAACAUUCUAAGAUGACAAUCUUUGCUGAUGAUAUGGCUUUUUAUUGUCCCGAGAGUUCUGCUACUGAUUUGCAAUCGAAACUGAACUUAGACCUGAAAGCUAUCUCGGUUUGGUUGCGCGAUAACAAGCUCACACUGAACAUUGAGAAAUCAAAAUUCAUGAUUAUCGGUAGUAGCGCCAAACUGAAACAAUUGAAUCCUAUAGAACUUGUAGUUGGGGAUGAGCAGCUGGGGAAUGUUUCAGAGUUCAAGUAUCUUGGCGUGAUUAUCAAUCAACAUCUAACUUGGCAUAAUCAUAUCGAUCAGAUUCAGAGUAAAGUUGCGCAAAGGUUGGGUGUUCUCAAAAGGUUGAAGCACCUGCUCCCUAUUCAUGCAAGGAAACUAUAUGUUUCAACAAUGAUCACACCUAUAUUAGAAUAUGCUAAUAAUAUAUGGGGUGAUAAAAACAACAAUGUUCUAAUGGAUUCAAUACAAGUAUUGCAAAAUAAAGCAGCCAAACUGAUCUUGGAUAGACCACCACGCUCCUCGUCAAACGAAGCUUUGUCGAAACUGAAUUGGCUAGACCUGUCUAGUAGAAGAAAAUUGCAACGUUGUGUUUUCAUGUUCGAUCUUAUUCAUGACAGUGAAAGAAACAAUGUGAUAGUUAGAGGAACUGACAUUCAUAAUUACAACACACGAAUGAAAGAUACCAUACGAAAGGAAAGAGUUGCAACUAAAUGGGGAGAAAUGGACUCAAUAAAUAGUGCACUAAAUGACUGGAAUAUUUUACCCGUAGACCUAAGAUCAAUCCGUACGAGGAGGUCUUUUAAGACAGCAAUUCUUAAUGAACUGAAGACUAAGAGUUAUGCAUAA